UCCAACGUGUAGUUGAGGUGGAUGUACAUGAUACAGACAAAAUAACGUACACUUUUGUUUUGAAACGUAUUAUGAUGAACUACAGAGAGUAGAUAGCUAGUAUGCAUUAAAUAUAGGCAAGUAACAAGUAUAUUGAGACAUCUAGCUAGCUAACUUGCUAAAAACGAAUGGUCCCUCCGUUACUGAACUAGCUAACAGCACCAUCAUCAUGGAAGGAGGACCGAAAACCAAUGUAUGAGUUGAAGGUCAGAAGUAAUCAAUCACAUCAACUGACCAGCUACAACCAUGUACUCCAGUCCAGAUGUCUGCCUUAAAUCUGGCAGUCACAACAGUAGCAGUAACAGCAACAGCAUCACUGAACUCUUGGGCUCCCUGUGUGACAGCAGCCUCACUGGGGUGUCAUGGAAACGUCGUGCUCUAGGAGGGGUGUCUCGAGAGGGGGUCCGCCGCACUCUCAGAAAGCGUGCCUACGGGGCCCUGCUGUCCAAACUGUUCCAGGAGGGCUCCCCGAAAGGGUUCUUGUCAGUACCUAGUGCCACGUCCACCACCCCACCCAGAAACAAGCUACUUAUGAUAUCCUUUGACCUGCGAGUGGCGGGGUGCCAGGACGAGGCCGAGAGGCUGGAGGAGCAGCUGGGGAGGCUAAGUGAGGGGCCCGCCUCGGGUCUGAAGGAGCUGGACUCUGUGCUGGAGCUCUUGGUGCAGCUGACUGGCUCUGCACCCCCACCCCCGGCCUCAUUCAGCAGGGACUACAUGCGCAGGGAGAGGCCCGUGUUGAGGAGGCCUCCACUGGGGGGCUACCAGAGUGAGGAGCUGCAGAGGUUGGAGGCCCGAGCCUGGGCCCUGAUGUGUGGGGAGGAGUGGGGAUCCCUGAAGGGUCUGUGUGGGACUCUGGGUCUGAUGGAUGCUCCUCCGGGCACAGGCCUGCUGGCACUGAGGAGGAGGUCCGACGUAGAGGAGAGGUUUGAGAAGGAGACCAGGAUGUCUCUGUUUGGAGCCCUGCAACACUCCCGUACCUCAGACCUGGACAUCAGGCUCAAUCUGCCUCCUGUUCCCAGCAAUGCUGAUGUCACUGGGCUAGCCAUACGGGUGCCACCUUGUUUGGACCAGUUAGAAGAUGAGGGCUUCCAGUCAGCCUCCAACCUAACCCCAGACUCCCAGUCAGAGCCCAGUCCCAGCCCAGAACUUGAUGUCUGGGACGCCCUGAGGACUUUUGAGCCUGGGAGACGCCGCUGCUGGGAGUCUGUUGGCUGCCCACCAGGGAAGAGGGAAUUCCCCUACCUGACGGAGGGAGGCAGGGAGGCUUUUGAUCAGCUCUACAGGCUGUGGGAGGGGGAGAUGAGGGUGGUAUGCUCUGCCUCCCCCUCGCCCCUCCUGCCCCUGCCUCUGGACUGUCAGACCCAGCUGGUCAGUGACCUACUUAAUGUAUUGAUCGGGGUGGCGUCUACUACCUUCCCCCUCAACCAGGUGUGUGUAAAUUUUGACGUUCGACCCGGAGUGUGUGUGUCGGGAGCGUCACCGGAGAGUGUGUCUCGUUUGCUUGGCGAGCUGGCUCAGUAUGGCACCCAUUACCUGAGGCUCAGUCGCUUCGUUCUGCAGAGUGCCCAAAAGAGAGGCCUGGUCUUCCAGGCGUUUACAGGUGGGCUGCGUAAGUACCUGCAUUACUACCGAGCCUGUGUCCUCAGCACCCCUCCCACCCUUAGCCUGCUCACCAUCGGCUUCCUGUUCCGCAAGGUGGGCCGGCAGCUCAGGUAUUUGUCAGAGUUGUGCUGUGUGGAUGGGGCAUCUGGUGUGGGCCAGGCUACCUUCCCUGUGGGUGUGACGCUGCUCUCCUACCUGUACAACGAGGCCCAGAGCAACUGCAGCAAUGAGAACUACCCCGUGCUGCUGUCCCUACUAAAGAGCAGCUGUGAGCCUUACACACGGUUUGUGUCAGACUGGGUGUACAGUGGAGUGUUCCGGGACGUGUACGGAGAGUUCAUGAUCCAGGUCAACGAAGACUACCUCAGCUUCAGAGACAAGCACUUCUGGGCGCAGGGCUACACACUGAUCUCCCGUGAUGUGGAGGACUGCGUGCCUGUCUUCCUCCGACACAUAGCCAACGACGUGUACGUCUGCGGGAAGACCAUCAACCUGCUCAAGAUCUGCUGUCCCCAGCAUUACAUCUGCUGGUCGGAGCUGCCCGUGCCUCGCAUCGCUGUCACGUUCUCCCUGCAGGAGGUAGAGGAGAUAGAGAGGGACUGUGCCGUGUACCGAGGACGCAUGGAGAGGAUCGCCAAGCACAGCGCCACCAGCAGGGAGGAACAGGCCCUGCGCACAGAGCAGGCACGCCAGGAACUGAUCAAUCAGGUCAGGCAGUCGGCCGCCAAGACCCUGGAGAGCAUCCGCGGGCGCCAGGUGUCGCAGCGUCUGGCUGAAGAGGCAAAGAAGAGGGAACGCUUUGAAGAGCUGAGACAGCACUUGGAGCAGGAACAAGAGUGGCACAGUUUAGCCAGGAGGAAGGAGCAGGAGGAUGAAUUCAGCUUUGCCAGGGAGCUGAGAGACCGAGAGAAGCGACUACAGGCCCUGGAGGAGCAGCUGGAGAUCCGAGCCAGGAAGGAACUGAUUGCCCAGUACAGCCACCUAUCAGAGGAGGCGGCCAAGAGGGAGUGGCGGGCCAUGUGGAGGGUUCAGCGAAUGAGACUGGACGAUUCCCGGGCCCAGUUCCUACAGCAAGACCAACAGGAGACUGAGGCUAUUCUGGAGAAGUAUCCUGUCGGAGGGCAGAGACCCCCUCUGGAAAUACUACAGCCAGCUCCAGCUCAGACCACUCAACCAUUAACACAGGAGUCCCUAUCCCCGGAGCCCUGUGAGCAGCAGUCUGAGGAGCCAACCCAGGCCCCCCUUCACCACCAUUCCACUCCCCCAGCACUCCCCACCACGAAACUCGACCUCGCCCUCGUCACAGAGCACAUCGACGCCAAUGACUUCCUGCCCAAGCCGUCCGACAGCCUGCAAGUGGACCAGGCCCUACAGGAAAUUGGGUCGGACCUCCCGGAGGCUCUUGCGCCUCAUAAACCCGUAGACUAUGACUUUAGCGCCCCCUACAGUCCCCUUGAGGGAGUGACGGCCCCGGCCCUGGCUAGACCUCGCUGGGGUCCUGUGGUACAGCCAGACGUGGCUCACCCUCACAUCCCAACCGGUCCCCCUGAGUCCACUCUAGGCAUGGGGUGUGUGGUGUCCGGGACUUUAGCUCUCCCGUCUCCGCUACCCGGAAGUACCUACGGCCAUUCUUCAGACUCCACUAUGGGUGUAGGGUGUGUGGUGUCAGGAGCUGAGGUCCUCCCCAGGCCCAGUCCUCACGGCCAGGCCUCCCAAUCUAGCAUCCCCCUGGGCCAGUACUUCUCUGAUGUGCCCCUGGCUCUCCACACAGCCAAUGUCCACGGACACCCCUCCCAGACCACAGUGCAGCUGGUGGAUGGAAGUGAGUCAAAGCAGAUGGACAGCAGGCAGGAGAAUACGGAAGACCCACCACCUCCAGGGAGCAUCGUAAAAGAGGCUGAAGGGACUGUAGAGGCAUCAUGCCUGGUGGAGAUGAAGCCAGCUGAGAUGGAGAAACUAGAUUGUGUUGGAGCAGAGGAACAGAUGGCUGGUUCUCUCAGGGAGGCUUCUGCCUCCUCCACCCCAGAGCAGGGCCAUGACAGUGGGUAUCACCCAGGACAGGCCUCCACUUCCCUCUCUGGACCCUCCAGUGUGUCUGAGCUUCCUACUGCCAACAUUCAAGGCCAUGCCUCAGAUGCUCAUAUUAAAGUCGGAGAGCACGUUUCAGAUGUGGAAGCCCCUCUCCCUUCUCAAAACGUUCACGGUCACUCAUCUGAUGCUAACAUAAAGGUAGGAGAGUUUGUUUCGGAGGCGACUGCUCCUCUUCCGACCGCCAACGUUCACGGUCACGCAUCUGAUGCUAACAUAAAGGUAGGAGAGUUUGUUUCGGAGGCGACUGCUCCUCUUCCGACCGCCAACGUUCACGGUCACGCAUCUGACGCUCAUAUUAAAGUUGGAGACCAUGUUUCAGAAGUGGUCGCCUCCCUUUUCACCCAGAACGUUCACGGUCAUGCCUCGGACUCUCACAUCAAGGUCGGGGAGCACAUGUCAGAAGAGGUCGCCUCCAUUCACACCCAAAACAUCCACGGUCACUCAUCCGACACUCACUUCAAGGCGGGUGAGUUUGUGUUGGACGCCGAGCCCUCCCGACCACGCUGGAGCAAGCAUGGUCACGCCUCAGACUGCACACUUCAAGUAGGCUGUGUGAUGUCUGGCACAGAACCAGUACUCUCCCCUUUACCUGGUAGCACCUACGGCCAUUCCUCUGAGUCCACACUAGGUAUAGGGUGUGUUGUCUCUGGGGUUGAACUCCUUCAUGCUCCUCUACCUGGAAGUGACUUUGGACACGCCUCAGACUCAACCCUGGGUGGAGGGUGUGUGGUGUCAGGAACGGUAACCCUUCCUUCUCCGAUACCCGGAAGUGACUACGGCCAUUCGUCAGAUUCAGCGAUGGGCGGAGGGUGCGUGAUAUCUGGGAUUGAACCCGUUCGCCCUCCUCUUCCCGGCAGCAACUUCGGACAGUCCUCAGACUCCACACUGGGCACAGGGUGUGUGGUGUCUGGUGUAAGCCCUCUGCCAUCCCCCAUCCCUGGCAGUAUCUACGGCCACAGCUCAGACUCUGCCCUGGGAGGGGGCUGUAAGGUGUCAGGUGUAAACCCUCUGCCCUCCCCCAUCCCUGGCAGUAUCUACGGCCACAGCUCAGACUCUGCCCUGGGAGGGGGCUGUAAGGUGAAGGAGACUGGUAAUGAAUACGACGCCAGGACCCUGGAGCAGCAGGAGCAGCAGCGGCUGGCCGAGGGCAUCUCGUCCUGGGCAGCGGGCUUGGCUCUGUCCCCAGGCGAGAGCUCAGAGAGGGAGUACCUCCGCUCCCUGGCUGCUCAGUACCAGGUGGAGCAGUACGAGGACUGCUACAGUCUCAUGACGUUGGCCCCAGAGUGUCACCCCCUGCAUCAGGUGACGCGGGGCCCCUGGGGCCUCCCGGUGGACCCAUCGCUCCGCAGGGCCACAGACACCACGGUGGUGCAGCUUAGUGGAAUGGUCUCCCUGCCCGUCCUCAUGAAGCACUCUGUCACCACCCCACUCAUCACACAUGUAUCCUUGGUGAACAAGGCAGUGGUGGACUACUACUUCGUAGAGCUUGGAGUGGAGAGGCAUUUUGAGGCCCUCAGGCACUUCUUGCUCAUGGAGGACGGGGAGUUCGCCCAGUCUCUCAGUGACCUGAUCUUUGAAAAGAUGGGCAGUGGUCAGACUCCUGGAGAGCUGUUGACUCCUCUGGUCCUGAACUCCAUCCUGAGUAAGGCUCUUCAGUAUAGUCUUCAUGGAGACAGUUCUCUGGCCCCUAACUUCACCUUCGCCCUGCGCUUCCUCCCGGAGACCUUCCAUCCUCACGCCCCCGACGCACUCAACUGCCUGGAGCUACGGUACAAGGUGGACUGGCCGUUGAACAUCAUAAUCACAGACAGCUGUAUGAACAAGUACAACCGUCUGUUCUCCUUCCUGCUGCAGCUCAAACACAUGGUGUGGAGCCUCAGAGACGUCUGGUUUCACCUCAAGAGGACUGCGCUGGUGAAAGGGGCGGGCCGCUCGGUCCAGUUCCGCCAGCUGCAGCUGUACAGACACGAGAUGCAACACUUUGUGAAGGUGAUCCAGGGUUACAUCGCUAACCAGAUCCUGCAGGUGUCCUGGUUAGAGUUCACCACCAAGCUGGCCAGUGCCUCGGACCUGGACGCCAUACACCGCACACACGCCGACUACCUCAACAGAGCUAUCUUCAGGUUAGAGACAUGCACACACGCCGACUACCUCAAGAGCUAUCUUCAGGGGUCUGCUGACAGAGAAGGCAGCUCCAGUCAUGAACAUCAUCCACAGUAUCUUCAGCCUGAUCCUCAAGUUCCGGGCCCAGCUGAUCGCACAGCCCUGGGACAGCCAGCAGGGGGAGGCAGUGCACCCCAGCUUCAUCGCCAUGCAGCAGUCAUACAACACUUUCAAAUACUACUCCCACUUCCUCUUCAAAGUGGUGACCAAGCUGGUGAACCGAGGAUAUCAGCCUCACCUGGAGGACUUCCUGCUCCGCAUCAACUUCAACAACUACUACAAAGACUCCUGAACGUAUGUGUGUAGAACACUGUGUGCCUGUGUUGUAGAUAAUCAGAGAAGCCUCUAAACUAAUGAUUUGUUGAAUAUUGUGUACAAAUCUGUCCCCCACACCCAUUGCAGUUUGGUAAUGUAUAUUUGUGGCAUGAAUAAUAUACCGUAUUAAAGAAACUAUAUGCGUUGUAUUUACAUUUUAAAUGUACCUUGACGACCUGUUUUGACAGCUUCAAUGUGCCGGACCAUACAGUAUUAUGCCUCCUGUCCACAAUGGUGUCUAUCAAAGUCAGUGAUAACAACCUUAUAUACCCCCCCUCCAUAUAACAUGCUGAAUGUAACAACGCUAGCUAAAGCUCAGGUGCCUCUCCUCUGCCCACCCCAUUCCUAAGCCCUGUGUGUCAAUUAAAGAAAUGCUUCAUUUUGUGAUGUAAAAACAAAACACUUAAAGGAGUAAUAAAAUGUCACUUGUAUUUAUUAAAGAUAGCAUGUUAACAUUUUUGGAAAACUAUAGGUCAAACAAUGAAUGUAAAGUUGUGGGGGGGAGCACUGUCAUAUACAACCAAAGGUCAUUUGCAAAAGAGAGCAUUGCACUUGCAUUUUUUAAAACAUUUUCCAGAUCGCUUGUAUAUAUACACCUUCCCUGACUGUGCAUUUUACUUAAAGCAGAAGGAACACAAGGAAGUUUGAGCAAUAUGAAGGGCAGACAAUAAGGAGGAUUACAGAAGAUUGAUCCUCUCUAGGGUUGAAUCGUAACUUCCAUUUAAGUCAAAUUUUCACUUAGUCUCCCAUUGACAUUAAGAAAAAACUUAAGUGGAAGUAAGGAUUCGCCCCUCAACUAUCUCCUUCAUGUUUUAAGGAGUAAACAAUGCAGGAAUGCAAAACCGUCUGUCUAGACACAGCCAUUUAAAACAGAAUGUCACGAGAGCCCUUGAGGGAAAGGAGUUCGGCCUGAUAAUGACAGACUAAGAA